AUCCAGUCCAAUCAUUGCAGAAGCACUGCAGUUGCUGCAAGACAACCUGGUUUGGAUUGUUACCUGUUCUUAAGAAGUCCUGAACAGGCAGACCAUGGAUAUUGGUUGUAAAGGAAACCUGUUUUUAAACAAAUUGGUUGGAAGUCAAAUUAUUGUUGUUCCUCAGCUUCAGUACAAAUCUGGCCUUAAACAAAUAAUGGAGAAAAUGUCUGAAAAAUUGGAGGAACAGGGCUCAUCAGCUUAUCUGAUUGAAGUUGGAGGCUCCUCUUACAUGGGGAUGUUUGGUUACUUAACAGCAUUUCAAGAAAUGAAAGGUCAGAAUAUGCUGGAGAAUUUUGAUGACGUUGUGGUUACAGUUGGCAGUGGUGGAGGGGCAUCAGGAAUUGCCAUUGGUAACUAUUUGACAGAAUCAAAACUCAAGUGUCAUGCAGUGAAUGUGUGUGAUGAUGCAGCAUAUUUUUACCUGAAAAUCAAUGAAGACCUUCAAAUAGGAUUCAUUCGAAAUUGCUUGAUUACCAAAUGAAAACACGAUCUAAAUUUUUCUUAACCAUUUACAUUCGAAUUUGCACCUUACGAACCAUGUAAUCUUUUUAUCGGUUAAUGAAGAGGACAUUGUGAAGAUAUCCAGAACAACUGGUAUUAUGGUGGACCCCGUGUAGAACGUCAAAGCCAUUAGAGGAAUGCUACACGAG